GAAGGGGAGGGAGGGGAGGGAGGAUAAAAAGCAAAGGGGUCGGCAGGAGCGCGCAGAGGAGUCGCAACAAGUAGAGUUCAGAGAGCGACUUGCUCUAAUGCUCAGGGGAUUGCGACAAGCAGAGAGCCAGGGAGGACCAUCAGUAUAACAAUGGCCAAUCAGAAACCACCGGACGGCGGAUGGGGUUGGGUGAUCGUCGUCUCCUCCUUCUUCGUUCAGUUCCUCUCGUUUGGUUCUCCCUUGGCUGUGGGCGUUCUCUAUGUGGAAUGGCUGGACGCUUUCAAUGAAGGCAAAGGAAAGACGGCGUGGAUUGGAUCCCUGGCCAAUGGGGUCGGGCUGAUUGCAAGUCCGUUGUGCAGUGCCAGUGUUUCUGCCUUUGGUGUCCGCCCAGUGGUCAUUUUCAGCGGAUUAAUGGUGGCCGGGGGGCUUAUCCUGAGCAGUUUUGCACCCAGCUUGUAUUUUCUCUAUUUCUCCUAUGGAUGUAUGGUUGGCUUCGGUUGUGGAUUGUCAUACCCGGCCACAGUGACCGCUACCUGCCAGUAUUUCGACAAGCGGAGAGGACUUGCCCUUGGAAUCGUUUCAACAGGUGCAAGUAUCGGCACGUUCAUGUACGCCAGCCUGCAGAAGGUGCUGAUCUCUAUUUAUGGACUGGAUGGCUGCUUGCUUAUUAUCGGUGCCUUAUCCUUGAAUAUAUUAGCAUGCGGCAUUCUGAUGAGGCCACUUCCCCAGGAUCCAAGCCCACCCCUGGAAAAGCCGAUGCUGGAAAAAACCCAGGACACCUACAUCAUCUACCGUGAAAAAGAAACAGAUCCGGAUGAAACUCAAGGGAUGCUGGGAAUCAUUUCGGGCUCAGAAACAGAUAGAACUUGUGAUGUGAGCAGCACCCACAGUGGGUUUGUGGCUCCCAACUCUACGGCAAAUCGAGAUCUAGAGAAGAACUUCUGCAAACAGCUCGUGAAGACCAACUGCCAACGCUAUUUGACUUACUGGCUUGAUACAGUUGACAUGUUAAAAAACAGAGUAUUCGUCGCGCUGUUCCUCGCCAUCUUGUUCUUUGACAUCGGCGGCUUUCCCGCGUCCUUGCUUUUAGAAGACGUUGCCAAAAGUGCAAACAUUCCGGAUCAGGCCAUGGUUGUUCCGCUGGUUUCCAUCCUCGGAUUCUCCGCCGCCAUGGGGAAACUCUUUUUAGGAAUUCUUGCGGAUUUUAAGUGGGUGAACACCGUGUAUUUAUACGCAUUCACUUUAUUGGCCACUGGGUUCAUCUUGUUCGCCGUUCCUUACGCAAACACUUACGCUGUUCUGGCGGUGCUGGCCGGCAUGAUAGGGAUUGCGUCCGGUAAUUGGUCAAUAUUCCCCUAUGUGACAACAAAGACCGUUGGACUGGACAAACUCACCCACGCCUAUGGGAUACUGAUGUUCUUUGCUGGACUCGGAAACUGCCUCGGGCCCCCGUUAUUGGGCUGGUGCUUUGACAUGACGCAGACCUACGAACAUGCCUUCUACCUCAGUGCGAUAUGUGUGAUUGUGGGAGGGCUGCUUCUAUUUCUAGUGGCGUUACCUCUGUGGGAUAACUGCACCCGCAAAAACUCAAAAUCACCUCCAAAAAGCUACAUUUAUAAACCAGCUUCAAAUGCUUAAGACUGUGACAAUACAUUGGAUUUAUUUCAGCUGGUUAUGUCUCCAAGAGGUGUAACCCCCCCCCCCGACACUCAGAUAGGGGGGUCACAACGCUGCAUUCUCCCACAGCCCCUUCAGGUUCAAUGCAAAUGAACACAAUUACGGACGCGGCCCUCCAGCUGCUAUUGAACUACAACUCUCUGCAUCUUCCCGACAGCAGUUUAAAUGAUAUUUAUAUCACGUCAGUUGUCGGAUCUCCCGGGAAAGACUCAUUUUCAUUGGCGGUGGUUGAUGAUGAUGUUGUUCAAGAUGUAUUUAUUAGUAAUUUGUAUGAUUACAGCCCUACUAUUGUAUCUAAUAAGAAAACUUGAGUUUUAAA